UAUCACCCCGUAGUAGCAGUCGUCGACUUCCACCACCAGCGUGGUCCAGAGGUAGAGCGAUGGGUAGGAGUGGACGAAGGUUAUGAUCCUGCCAUUGACAACGACUGGCAUCUGCUGCCCUUCCUCGCCUUGUCCGACGGAGCCCAUGCUGCCACCGAAGACUUCUCGUACUUUACACUCGUCUUGAAGAGCACUCCCGAGCGCUCGUUAUUCGGCAUCAGCUGCACCCGCCAGCUCGACUCGAGAGAGCUGCUUAACAGACCUGCCGAUGUCACUCGCAGCACCGUCCAGAAGGCAGUCGUCGUCAUUACCGAGAAUCCGCAAACAUUCACCGCUAUACGCGAGAAGCUCAGUUUCGUCACAAAGGCAUGGUUCGCACAAAAAGACUUUGCAGAUGUCGAGAUUCUAGAGCGAUUUCAAGAGAGUCUGGACAAAGGCUUUGGCAUCCAGGAAGAUGAUAGAGACCUCUAUUUUGGCUUGUCUAUGCGCGAACUGAUUCACCAAUUCAAGUGGCAGACCCUGGUGCUUUUCAAGUGCCUGCUUCUGCAGCCAAAGAUGCUUUUCUUUGGUUCGAACUGCGAAAAGAUGUGUCUCGUCCAGUUCUCUCUCAUAUCUCUCAUACCAACUCUCAUGCGUCACCUUCGCGAUUGCGCCGAUCCGCGCAUGGAUUACUACGCUACACAUAUAGAGAAGCCCACUUCGUUGAAGACGAGCGAGCGAGCUUCACUCUUGGCCUAUAUGGGUAUCCCUCUACAAAUCUUUGGAAAGGGCAGUCUGUUCGGCCCGUAUACGCCACUGCAACAGCUAGACACACUGGCCGACCAAGACACAAAGUCGUACGUUGUCGGUUCUACUAACCAGCUACUUCUGCAGCAAAAGGAUCGUUACGCAGAUAUUUUGGUGAAUCUUGAUGAUAACACCAUCAACAUAUACUCGCCAUCUCUGCGCAAUGCUUUGGCGUUAUCUACAGCUGACAGGCGAUGGAUCGAUUUCCUCACCCAGUCCGUCCAUGACACCUGGGACGAAAACAUUCCCAGUCGACCCAAGGACAUGGGUUACGCAGGCAGCGAAGAAUUCAUCCGCCUCCAGUUCGAAGAGUACCUGCUCUCCUUACUUUCGGCUUCAAAGUACAGCCGCUUCGUCUCAAGCCACAAAGGCGACCCUAAAGCUUUGCUCUCGGAAGUCGAGGGCGAUCCUUCUGCAGAGUUUGGCAGCGAGUUCAUGACUCAAUGGGCUUUGACCGAGAACUUUGCUCUCUUUGAACGCACGACAGACUCGCAUUUAUUUGAUGUUGUUGAGCCCCGACACCCUUGUGCUGGUGGCUUGACCAUUGAAGAUGUGCAACGCAGACUUGCUGCUCAGGUCUCUGAAUUGCAUCUGGAUGAGCGUUGGAGAAGCAACAAAGAGGCCAUGGGCAAACAUAUUUCCACAGGUCGCGAACGUGUUGCUGGCGCCAUCAACACGCUUUGGGCUGAUAUUGAGGUCAUGCGAGAAGCUCAGCGCAAACGCGCUGAGGAGCAGAAAGCUGCUGCUGCAAACAAUCCUGCCACUGCUGACGAAAAGAACGCAAAGGUGGCUCAAGCUCAAGCAUCAGUCCAAGCAGCCUCGUCCCGCGCAGGUGCAUAUCUAAGCUCCUGGGGUACGUGGGCAUCCGAGAAGCGCAAGAACUGG